AUUCCUCUCUCUUUUGCUCCUCCUCUUUCUCUCCUUCGUUCUCUCCACCUCGGGCUUCGCUCUCUCCUCCUCUUCCUCGAACCCUUCUCUCUCUCUCUAUCUCUCAUCGGUUUCGUUAUCGAGCUUUUUGGGGGCCUCGUCCAUGUCGAAGUCGAUCCUUGUCACCGGCGGUGCCGGGUACAUCGGGAGCCACACGGUUCUCCAGCUACUCCAGGGCGGGUUUCGCGUCGUCGUCGUCGAUAACCUCGACAACUCCUCCGAUAUCGCGAUCAAGCGCGUCGCGGAGUUGGCCGGGGAGUUUGGAAAGAACCUUUCCUCUCAGAAGAUUGAUCUUCGAGAUAAAGAUGCGCUCACCAAAAUUUUUUCUUCGACAAACUUUGAUGCUGUUAUCCACUUUGCUGGAUUGAAAGCUGUUGGUGAAAGUGUUCAGAAGCCCUUGCAUUACUAUAACAAUAAUCUAAUUGGUACGAUUACUCUUUUGGAAGUAAUGGCUGCCCAUGGAUGUAAGAAGUUAGUGUUCUCAUCUUCAGCUACUGUCUACGGAUGGCCCAAGGAAGUCCCAUGCACAGAAGAAUCUCCUUUAUUUGCUAUGAACCCAUAUGGCCGAACUAAGCUUAUCAUUGAAGACAUUUGUCGCGAUAUCCAGCGUGGUGACCCUGAUUGGAAAAUAAUAUUACUUAAAUACUUCAACCCUGUUGGGGCUCAUUCGAGCGGAUAUAUUGGUGAAGAUCCGCGUGGAAUUCCUAAUAACUUAAUGCCCUUCAUUCAGCAAGUUGCUGUUGGAAGGAGACCUGCGCUUACAGUAUAUGGAACUGACUAUCCAACCAAGGAUGGCACUGGGGUACGUGAUUACAUACAUGUGGUUGAUUUGGCAGAUGGACAUAUUGCAGCCCUGCAGAAGCUUUUUGAAGACUCUAACAUAGGUUGUGAAGUAUACAAUCUAGGAACUGGAAAGGGAACAUCUGUUUUGGAAAUGGUUGCGGCAUUCGAGAAGGCUUCUGGGAAGAAAAUCCCUUUGGUCAUGGCGGGACGACGGCCUGGUGAUGCUGCGAUUGUUUAUGCUUCAACAGCUAAAGCAGAAAAGGAGCUAAAGUGGAAAACGAAUUAUGGGAUAGAGGAGAUGUGCAGGGAUCAGUGGAACUGGGCUAGCAAGAACCCUUAUGGAUACUGUGGGUUGCCUGAUAAUUCUAACUGAGGAGAGGAUAUCAAUCGUAGAUGAGAAAUAUCUUCACCUUCUUUCCUACCUUGUAUAAAAAGAGAUGCCGCUAUUUCUUGGACUCCCCCCAUGUACAGGCGGUAUAGUUUCAGCUAAUUUCAUCAUGAUCAGUAGAUCUGAUGCUCCCUCAUAUAUAUAGGAAUAAAUUAAAUAAAUACGAGUAUGUAUGUCAUUCUGGGAGACCUUUUUUAUUUAUAUAAAUAAAUAAAGGUAUCUUUUCUGUC